UCUCAUUCACCCCACGUCCCUUGGCGCCUGCUUCCCCAGCCUACGAGGAAGCCGAGGACAGCGGAUGAAGCUUCCUACCAUGUGUCUUCAGAGCCCCGUCAUUCCGCCUGAUCCCUCUUCGCCCUCAACUGCGACACGACUGCCUCUCCAGCAACAACCUCAGUCGCUUCGCCCAAUAAGCCAGCAGUUACCCGAGCACGAAUACCCAACAUCUAUGAUAUGACGUCCAAGUCGAGGAGAACCCGGAAACCUUCGAGCCAUGAGAUCCCUUCAAUGACUGCUGCGUCCCUGGGCAUAGGGGUCAGCAAUAGAACCCGUCCACUUCUUUCAGAAUCUUUGGCCGGCCGUAUUGUUUCGGUGGAGGACCCAAGCAGGUUGUUAGACUCUGCGCAUGCUUUGCGCCAAUUGCGAUUUCAGAAUCUUGUUAGACGAUACAUCUCCCAGAUUCAGUACGGAUGCGAAGAGCCCUCAUGCACCACUCCUACCUGCCUUAGCUGUAGAAAACGAGACACCAGCAAACCAUUUAAAACGCCUACGCAGGUGACGGCUCGAGCGCUUGCUCAUUAUCUCGCCAGUCAGGACAACCCGCAUGCUGGAUUAUGUCCCAAUAAGCUCAACAUCUUACCGUCGACCCUUGAAAUUAGCGGCAAGCAAACUCGUGCAGCCACAGGAGAUUGGGCGGAUAUACCUUACGGGAGCACGGUGUUUGGGAAUGGUCGUUCACGCUCUCAUGAGCGUAUCAUGCUUCAAAAUGAUUUAGCUGCUCCUCCCGCCAAUGGGCGUCUUGAUGUCCGAUCUUCGAAGCCUUAUGAUUCCUCUGAGCGCCCGGAAAAUACGUAUUGGCAAGAUGUCAACCGCCAGCAUCAGGCAAAAAAAGACAACAAGUCAUUAGGGCAGAACUUGUACGACACGGUUGCUGUGAUCUGCUCGUUUUCAAAACAUAUACCAAGCCCCCCUGAGUCUCUUCACUCCCUGUCAAAGUAUCGUGAGGAUCCUCCAUUGAUCCAUAGAAAUCACACGUCACCGGCCAGUAUCAACGCAAAAGCCGACAACUCAGACAGCGUGAUGGACCAUAAUACUUCAUCGCAAUCCAAGAGCAGCUCUUCGAUUGACUCACAGCCAUCAUGCAACGGUCACAUGGCCAACGGGGUCAACGGACACGACAGCGGGCCGGCCAAGACCGGCUCGCACACUUUACCUAUACUCAGUCGUCACCCUUCGAAGAAAUCCCCCGGACGCUCCAACUCCCACAUAACAACUGAGUAUCACCCUGACGGACAAAUAAUCCGCAAGUUUACCCAACGUAUACCCCACUAUUCGAACGGCCAGGCCAGAACCACCGAUCAUCCCGGCCUUGACGGAGCUGGCGGUACCGAUUUUGCCAAGUCUAGCACCAUGGGUACGGCCAAACUCUCAAAUGGCAUUUCCAUCAAGGGCGGGGAAACGAAAGAUAUCUCAAGGGCUGCGACUGCAGUGAUACCAGACCAUCAACGCUCGGAGCGAGACCAGCAUUUGGAGCGAGCCUCAGAUCGCCGCAAACAAGACAGAGUGGCUGUGCCAGUCACUUCACACCUCACGUGUGCUGUCAUGGACGAACUUGCUAGCCACACUCGUGAUUACCGGAGCGACGACGGAGAACCAUCGGCCUUCUCAUUUGUCGUCGAUUACGACAAGAGAGCAAGACUUCGACCUAGUAUGCCUUUCGUCAAUCGAUCCUUAUACUAUAGCCUAAGUGAUCCCGCCACAUUGUUGCGAUCUUUUCGCGACGAAGAAUGGAAAGAAGGAGCUCAAUCACCUUUACCUCACCUCAAUCCCAAUCGCCUGAGCCACGCUUUUCGGUCUUGGAAUCAGCGUAAUGGAUCACUUAUUUUUGACAGCCUGUGGAUUGCUACCGAGGCAUUGUUUAAUCCUCCCCCAGAGAUCGUAGCCCAGAAAAGCCCAAGGAUCCGAGCAGCGCGUAAGGCCCCUAACGUGGACGGGUUCGCCGAUCUGCUCGUCUCCCCAAACUCGGACACGACCAAAGUCUACCUCAGCGAUCUUGAUGCAGCGCACAUAGCCAUGAUUUGCAUUCAUGCUCUAACCUCCCUGGUUCCUGUUGGGUGGCCACACACUUGGGCAGAAGUCCGCAACCUACGAUCGUGGGGGAUCAUUCUUCCACGGGCUCCCCAUGACGUGCACAAUCACAUAGAGUACCAGUUCAAGCACCCUUGGCUCGGCAUCAUCGACGGGCUAGAAUACGAACCAGCACUGAGACUGGCAGACCGACUGGUCCGGGGCAUUGCUGCCCGCCGGUGCUUCUCGGAGAUUUUGAAGACCAUGUCCCGCCAGGCAGGCGAGCAACAAGACUCCAAGCAGUCCACUUUCGGGUUAAUGGAUGCUGUCGUCCAACAUCUUGCGGUCGUAGAACAGCAAGCGAGUAAAAGCCGGUUCAACCUCGAUACAGAUCGCGAUCCCGGCUGGACAGUAACUUCUGUUUUCCUAGAAUGGUUAAGAACUAUGAUCAUCAAACAAUGGGACUGCAAAUCCGAAGUUCACCGGUGGAGUUCCGUUGGAGGUGCCAUUGAAAUCAUGGGUGAUUUUUAUGAGCAUCGCGAUUCUUUAAAUCUAUACAGCAACAUGUUUCGGAUCCAUUAUCUUCAUGAACGCAUGGAUCAAGUCAACGCACCAACGGAAUGGUUGAAGCGUUCACCUAAUCCUAAUACGCUCCACCUUUUAUCGUACCCGUUCCUGUUCCAUCCUCAGAGGGUAGUGUCCUUCUUCCGCACAGUUAAUUAUAGAUCCAUGUACAAAGAGUACGAGCGAACCGAGCGAACGCAACACCUCCGCCGACAACUGCAUUUGUUCUAUGACGACAGAUUUUGGUUUGUGUUUGAGGACAAGCUUCAGGUUCUUUUCUCGCGAUAUCUGGUUCUAGAUGUCACCAGAGCGGAUCCAUUAAAGGACACAUUCGAUCAGCUAUGGGGAUUGCAGAAGAGGCAUUUUAUGAAGCCUUUGAAGGUCAAACUAGGACACCACGAAGGUGAACAAGGACUAGAUCAAGGCGGUGUCUCCCUUGAGUUUUUCCAAGUCAUCCUAGCCGAGGUCUUUGAUCCCAACAAAGGAAUGUUCACCGUUGAUCCGACUACUCGAAUGACCUGGUUCCGACCGGGCUCUCUUGAACCUUUGUACCGCUACGAGCUCAUCGGACUUCUCUUUUCAUUGGCAAUCUACAAUGGAAUCACUCUCCCAGUCACAUUUCCAACUGCCUUCUAUCGCCGCCUACUCGACAAACCUGUUACAGCCAUAUCUCAUAUCCGAGAUGGGUGGCCUGAGCUUGCUAAGGGAUUCGAGCAACUCCUCUCUUGGUCUGAUGGUGACGUCGGCGACGUGUUCACUCGGACCUACUCCUUUAGUUUCGAGGCCAACGGGAAGCGAAUCGAUGUCGAUAUGAGAGCAUCUCAGUCUGACCGUGAACCCUGUUCGAAAGAAGACAACAACGAAAACCUCACCAGCAAACCCUUCCCAACCUCCUUCUCCCAUGACGGCCCUUGGCAAGACGAGUCUGAAGCACGGUUAUUGAGAGGAAACGUGCCUCCUAUUUCAGACAGCUCCCUACCCAAACUCAUCGACGAGCUCGACGGAUUGCUACCUGACGAGCAAAACGAAGCCGAACUCGUCACCAACGCCAACCGCAAGCAGUACGUCGACGACUACAUUCACUACCUCACAGAUUACAGCAUCCGAACCCGCUUCAACGCCUUUGCCAAAGGCUUCUACACCUGCCUCGACUGGAAAGCUGUCAACAUCUUCAACGAAGACGCGCUCAAGUUUCUUGUGGAAGGCCACCACGACAUCGACAUCGCCGCGCUCCGGGCUGCUACGAAGUACGAGGACGGCUACACGGCGUCGCACCCCACGGUCCUCGCUUUCUGGGAUCUGGUCGAGACGUUCGACCUAGAUGACAAGAGGCGGCUGCUGGAGUUUGUCACGGCGAGCGAUAGAGUGCCUGUUGGCGGCGCGGCGAAGAUGCAGUUCGCGAUUGUGAGGAGUACAGCGCCGACGGAACAGCUGCCGACGAGUAGUACGUGCUUUGGACGGCUGAAUCUGCCGGAGUACGAGACGAGGGAGAAGCUGGAGAAAAAGCUUCGGCUGGCGCUGGAGAACUCCAAGGGGUUCGGGGCCGUGUAGGGGGUUCCUCGUCACCGUACGAUAUGUGGGCGUGUGGGCAUGUCGAUAGGUCGACUUGUGGGCGUCCACGACCAGGUAUCAUUCUGCAGAAGCGGAGACGUUUGGUUUGGAUUUCUUCUGGCGUUUUGGUACGGGCUAGAGUAGAU